AGUUGAUGAAAAGUCAUUAUUACUUCAAAUGUUUAUGUGGAUCUGACUCAAAGUCACAUCAACUCUAUUUUAAAAAAAAGUUAUGAUAACAAAGGAAAUGUUUUACCCAGCAUGCUCUACUGCAGGCAUAUUUUUGGGAAUGUUCUAAAUAUCUGUGUUUUUGCAUGUACAUUGAAUGAUAGAUUAAUCUUAUGCUACACAAAGAUAAAUAACAUACAUUUUUGUAAACUAAUCAAAUCAUUUAGGUAAAUGUUUUUGCACCCGUUACUGAAAUGGUUGUUCCAGUUUAAAUGGCUUAGGUAGUCUCAUCAUACAGUUCUUAACCCUAGCAGUCAUUAAAAAUGCUGGUUGCGGGUGAAUAAGAAUGCUAACUUUUUGAUAACAAAGCUCAGGAUUCCAAUAGGAAUGGCACAUCACUUUGCAAGCCAGCAUAAUGUGACUUGCAGGUAGGAUUGAAAAAGUCUCGUAAAUUUCCCAUGUAUUUCAGAAAUCCUGGUUGGCUGAUUCCUGAAAAUGUGGGGAAAGUUAGCAGAAUUAUGCAACCCUACUUGUAGGCCUGAUUUGGCUUGUAAACCAUGAGUUUCAGGCCACUGUAUUAGGGUGAAGAUAGGCCUCAAAAUAAGGCCUUAUAAGCUAUGUAAUGUAUUGUCAUAAAGAGUUUAAUGACAACGUUCACUUAGGAACUUGUUUGGUGAAGGCCACAGAACUGAAAACCAUGUCUCUGUCACUAACAAAUACAGUCAUGGGUGGUAAGCCAACAAUUCACUCGAAAAGACAAGUCACACUGAGAAAUUAUAUUGGAGGCGUAGCUUAGCUGGGGCGUUUCUCAAAAUGUUCAAGCUGAUACAACUCAAAUCUGGACCCCUACAGCAGGGGUGUCGAACUCAUUCCAUGGAGGGCUUAGUGUCUGCAUGGAAUGAGUAGUUGUUCCUUUCAAUUAAGCCCUAGACAACCACUAAUUAGUGAUCUUAAUUCAUCAAUCAAGUACAAGGGAGGAGCAAAAACCCGCAGACACUCGGGCCCAACGUGGAAUGAGUUUGACACAUGUCCUACAGGGUCACAGUGACUCUAUUGGUUUGAGUAACGACUACAAAAUAAUUUUAAGUAACUGUAGGCUACUCAGACAUAUUAAGUGCAACAGGUUUCCUAAAAAAAAUGGAGUAAUGACAGCACAUUGGGGUUUACACUGCCAUUAUAGAAAGAGAAGCAGGGAAAGCCUCACUCCAUCACAUCAGUAAAGAGAAUAAAAAACCGAAACAGAGAGAAAAAAGUCACUCCCAGUGAGAAGAGAUGCAAACAGACAAACAGAGAGGCAUAAAAAGGAGUGGACAGGGAGAAAGAAAGAGGGUGUCCCUCUCUCACCCUCUGUGUGUCUCCCUCUGAAAUUCCUCCAUGCCACUUUGACUUUACCCCCUACUCCCUACACCCUUCCCACUUCCCAGCCAGCCCUCCCUGGCACCAGUAUGCGGCCCCCAGCCCCCCUUUCUCCCCCCUCAGGGCUGCUGCUGUUGCUGGUCUUCUGCCCCCUAGUGGUGGUAGUGCAGGCCAGCAGCAGUAAGACGGAGAGCGGACACAGCACACACCAUGGAGACACAGAACCAGACCGCUGUAUGAGGCAUCACUUCGUGGAGACCAUCACACACUCCAUCUACAAGUGCAACUCCAAUAUGGUGUUGCUAGCUCGGUGCGAGGGGCACUGCAGCCACACGUCCCGCUCCGACCCUCUCAUCUCCUUCAGCUCUGUGUUGAAGCAGCCCUUCAAGAGUACCUGUUUCUGCUGCAAGCCCCACACCUCCAAGCUGAAGGCUGUGAGGCUCCGCUGCGCCGGAGGGACCCGCAUCACAGCAACCUACCGCUACAUCCUCGCCUGCAACUGUGAGGAGUGCAGCUGAGCUGGGAAAAAUACCUUUAAAAAAAUAUAUAUUUAACUUUAGAACUCUGUCUCCUUGAGAAAGUUUCUGCACCUGUGAGUCGACAGCUGUGAGGAGUGGAAUCCUAGAACUUGUAAAUUAGAAGAACCUGCACCUUUGUAGCAUCUAUAAGUCCAGGCCCGACCCAUGGACCGAGCCCUGGCCUUCAUUUGCAAGUAGUGGAGCCCUUAGAGCCCAACAGAACUCUAGAACCUGAGAGUAUAGGCUAGACCCAUGGACAAAUCUAGAACCGUCAUGCCUGUUUGUGAUGAGGACUCCAGCGCCCCAACAACUAUCUGCUUUUAGAAUGGUGUUCUUAGGGAGGGCGGGAGAUUUCUGAACCAAUAAUAAUAAGGGAUUGGAUUUAUAUAGCACAUUUCUACCAACUGAGCUACUCCAAGCGCUUUCCAUAGUAACUCACCUCAUCUACCACCAAUGUGUGUCCCUCACCUGGAGGAAUGUACAAUUUCAUGGUUCUACUGAGAAGUCAGUCAUGAGAUCCUUCAUUCUUCUUGACUCUUUGUCAAACUGCUUUGUCAAUCCUCUAAAUAUACCACCUAUAAGUCUGGACCAAGACUCACCUGGACUUCUGUUCCUCAUCCAGUGGCUCAGUCCCCAACCUGAGACCCAUUAGGAACCCUGUUCCCAAAUUCUGUGUGUCUUCAACCAAGAGAACACUGGGCUCCACAGGGCUCCGAGAAGGAGUUAGUUCUGCUAAUCCAUCGAGGGUAGAUGACAUUUCCCAGAAUCCUGUAGAACACUGUCUUCUCCCCAGUGUGUUCAGAACCAAAAACAAUUAACUGCUUUUUCGAAUUCAGCCAAACUCUCAACACUCAUUACAAGGAACAACAACACAUGCAUAUGCAUACACUCGUAUUCAAUCACUCAUCACCUCUCUAAUUACACACACCAUCUCCCCACUCUAACCACUAAUUACAUCUAUAAAUGUAUGGUGCUGACGUCAUAAAACCCAACAGCACAACAUGCAUAAUUAAAAGCAGCAUGGGACAGGGCAGGCCGUGUAUCCUGUGAGAUACAUGUGUAAUCCCUGUGCUUAACUACACCUUCCCCCUGUCUCCUAGCCAGGCCAUAAACAUUUAACAUAAACAUACUCCACCAGCUCUUCAUCUACAGCUGAAGUCGGAAGUUUACAUACACCUUAGCCAACUACAUUUAAACUCAGUUUUUCACAAUUCCUGACAUUUAAUACUAGUAAAAAUUCCCUGUCUUAGGUCAGUUAGGAUCACCACUUUAUUUUAAGAAUGUG